UUGCGAGCCGCGCGUUUGGCCAAGCCCACUCCAGUCGGGAGGAUCAAUUCUCCAUCCGUCUGGCGAUCUGACCUGAUCUGCGUCGACUUGCUCGUCGUCCUCCUCCGCCGCUGGCCUGGCCGUCCACCGCCGCGCUCGUUCCCCUUGUGCGACGGCAAACUGCCCACCAUCAGCCAUGAGGCUUGCCUCGAUCGCGCUGUUCCUCAGCGCUGCCGCCCUCGGCACUGCGCAAUCCAUUGGUGCAGAGACGAGUGACGAUCCCGACCACGAAAAUACCUACUUCGAUGGCAAGCGAGUCCCUCCAUUAUUGGAGGUGACCGCUGAUAACUUUGCUAAGGAGACCAAGGCGUCGAAAUUCCUCGUCAUCAAGUAUUUUAAUCCGACCUGUCCCCAUUGUAUAGAAUAUGCGCCGACCUACCAGACCUUGUAUGAAUAUUACUAUACCUCCAAAGCGCCGUCAGACGCGAAAUCUGACUCGCCUGCGACCUCCUCCUCCUCCGCCGGCUCCGCCUUCGAGAAGUACUACGACAUCAGGUUUGGCCAGGUGAACUGCCUGGCUUAUGGUGACCUCUGUUCCAAGGAAGAAAUCUUAUCCUAUCCUCAGACCUCCCUCUACAAGAAUGGCGAGCUUGUCGAUAUGGUCAGGGGCGGGAAGAAUAUAUCCAUGGCCUCCAAGCUGAUCGAGGGAGCGCUCGAGAAGGAAUACCCUGGCACUCGACCCACGGAGCUCCUGCUACCCGAACCCGGUGCGACGGGCCUCCCACCCCCGGCCAAACCCGAAGAAGAAGUCGCCGUAGAAAAGGUAGAAAAGACAGAAAAGCCAGCCGAGAAGCCGCUCAAGGCGGAGAGCACCACCAAGCUAUCUAAGACGUCCAAGAACGCCAACGAGCAGGGGAUUUCCGUCUCCCUCACGGCCGAGAGCUUCCAGACCCUAGUCACCAUGACCCAGGAGCCGUGGUUCAUCAAGUUCUACGCUCCCUGGUGCCACCAUUGCCAGGCCAUGGCUUCUAACUGGCAGCAGCUGGCCAAGGAGAUGAAGGGCAAGCUCAACAUCGGCGAAGUGAACUGCGACGCCGAAUCAAGGCUGUGCAAGGACGUUCACCUCAGAGGCUUCCCGACUGUCCUUUUCUUCCGAGGAGGCGAGCGCGUCGAGUACAAUGGCUUGCGCGGCCUCGGUGACUUCAUCCAGUAUGCCGAGAAGGCUUUGGACAUUUGCGGCGGUGUCCAGGACGUUGACGCCGCCUCACUUAAGGCCCUCGAGGAGAAGGAAGACGUCGUCUUUGUCUAUUUCUACGACCAUGCGACCACCGAAGAAGAUUUCAUGGCCCUCGAGAGGUUGCCCCUGAGUCUCAUCGGACACGCCAAGUUGGUUAAGACGAAAGACCCCCAGCUGUACGAGAGGUUCAAGAUCACGACCUGGCCGAGGCUGCUGGUGUCGCGGGAGGGCCGGCCUACGUACUACACGCCACUGACCCCGAGGGAAAUGCGCGAUACCCACAUGGUCCUGACCUGGAUGAAGUCUGUCUGGCUGCCUAUCGUCCCGGAGCUCACCGCUUCGAAUGCUCGCGAAAUCAUGGAUGGCAAGAUCGUCGUCCUUGGAAUUCUUAACAGGGAAGACCAGGAGUCGUUCUUGAGCGCCAAGCGUGAGAUGAAGCGCGCCGCAAACGAGUGGAUGGACAAGCAGAUCCAACUGUUCCAGCUCGAGAGGCAGAACCUCCGCGACGCGAAGCAGCUGCGUCUCGAGGAGGCCGAGGAUCGCAACGACCAGCGAGCCUUGCGCGCCGCCAAGAGCAUCCGGAUCAACAUGAACAUGUCUGACCGCAAGGAGGUCGCCUUUGCCUGGGUCGACGGCGUCUUCUGGCAGAGAUGGAUACGCACUACCUACGGCAUCGACACCAAGGACGGCGAGCGGGUCAUAAUCAACGACGAAGAUAACCGACGGUAUUGGGACAUGACGAUUACGGGAAGCCCCAUCGUGCCCUCGCGAGUGUCGAUCCUCGAGACCAUCUCCAAAGUCACGGCCUCCCCUCCCCUCAUAAAACCCAAGCUCACCAUCUCGAGUUUCGAGAAGGUAUUCUUCGACAUCCGCGUCACCUUCUCCGACCACCCUUACCUCUCUUUUGGUUGCGUAGCAGGGAUUGGUCUGGGCCUCGUAUCUUUAUUCCGCGGACGGCUGCGCAGAAGCCGCGGCAGCUUCCGCCUAGACGAAAACCUCCCCAUCAGGGAGCUGAAGGACGGUCUCCUCGGAAACACCGCCAACGGAAAGAAGGACUAAGCAAAAAAAGACAUAAGUAUCUGCAAGCGAGAAACUGCGUGCGCGCGUACGCGUGGAGAGGGCGAUUAGCAGCAUCCGCAUUGAGAAAGUUUAUGGGGUCGUUACUGGAGUUUUACACGUCCCAAGGGGAGUUCUGUAUAAUACUCUCUUGUCCUCUGCGUUAGC